AUAUCAGGGGCGGAGCAGCCAAUCAGAGCGCAAUCUCCCUCUCUCCCCGCUCCCCUCCUGUGUGAGCUGAGUGACCGCCUCUGCCCCACAGACACGGCCCCUGGAGCCGAGCUGGGCCUGGGCAGAGACAAGGCUGGGAGCCACUGGGUGGAAGCAGGGGAGUCUGGGGGUCAGGACUCCUGGGAUAUAUCCCUGGAGGGGGGUGGGGUCUAGUAGUUAGAGAGGGGGGUGGGACCCAGGACUCCUGGGUUCUCUUCCUGCCUUUUCUACUGACUGUCGUGGUGACUUUUGAGUCAGUCUGUUCACUGCCUUUGUGCCUCCAUUCUUCCAUCUGUAAACUAAAUUGUGAUGCUUGUGUAUAACUGCAGCUGAGAUUUGUGGGGUCAUGAGGGUGGGGCGGGGGGGUAGGUUCUGCCUGGGAUCGGUACCCCUGACUCUGUUUCCCUUUCAGGGCUCAUUGCAGCCAAGUCACCUGUCACUGCUCAGUUUGGGGGGGACGUCACCCUGAGCUGCCUCUUCACAUCCCAGACUGGGAUGAACCUCCAGCACCUGACCCUCACCUGGCAGAAGGAGCGGGUGGGGGCAGAGGCCCUGGUGGUUCAUAGUCACUAUUAUGGGAAGGACCAGCUGGCAAGACAGGAUGAGGCUUAUACGAACCAGACCCACCUAGAUCCAGAGGGACUGGCCCAGGGGAACGCGUCCCUGAUGCUGAGGGGUGUCCGCAUGCAGGAUGAGGGCAUCUAUCACUGCCAUGUUCAUUCUGAGCUGAGUGGGAAUUUGGAGACUAGACAACUUACAGUGACUCAGACCAGCCACAUCCUGGCCAAGCAGACCGGGAUUGCAGGAAAUGCUGCAGGACUGGGUGCCUGCUGGGUCCCUUUGCUGAGUCUCUGCCUGGUGCUGAUCGUACCUGUUCUCUGAUGACAUCACUGAAACGCCCUCUGCAGACACCUGGGCACUGGUCCCGCCAAAGAAACUGCUGUGCAUGAAGCCAGAUCCUGGUACCAAGUGCUGCACUGUGACACUCCUGUGUGCGCAGACUAUAAAUGCUACACAUCCAUGCUGGACAUGACGGGCCCAGCUUCCUGGCGACGUCUCCUGGGGACAGGCCCGGGGCUGCUUGUCGGAAUUCCCAGGCAAUGAAGAUUUUCUUUGUACAGAGCAGCUACAAACACCACUUAGCAUUACAUUUAUUGUCGUGGUGCAAAAUUAGCCUCCAUAUUCACCACUCUGAUAGGGUUAUGAUGUGUUUUGUACAAAGUAUUUCAUAUGAGGUAUCAUUUUAAAAGUCUUGAUCUGUUGAGCAUUAAUGUCCAGUUGAACUGUAUGUGCUAGUAUUGUAUGUGAAGUUAUGAAGUUUUGCUGUGUGUGUGACUGAAAUAUGUUGAGGUUGGAAGAUGCCAACAGCUGGCCUUUCAGUAACCACAAAGGGGCAACCCUCAUUGGCCAGACAGGCGUUGAUGGCCUAUCAAGAAGAAUCCACUCUCCCACAGACUCCUCAGAGGGGGCCCCUACACAGUGGGCACUGCCUGACCCACAUCACAACAAGGAUCUUUCUAGCCCCAGGAAGAAAGUAUAAAAGAGAGACAGUGACAUCCUCACUUGGCCUCUCUCCUCCCCCAUCACAACUCCUGGAAGAUCGUCCGGAAGUCAAAGACUUUGAACGAGGGAGAUUGGUCCCAAGCUGGGAAAAGAAUCCAGCCUGUGGAUUGAGAAGUGUGAGCUGCCUGUAACAUCUAUGAGAGACAGACAGGCUGCUUGUUUCAAAUCGUGCUUAAUCUGUAGAAUUUAGACUGUUAAUUUUUUUUUCUACAUAACUGCCUCUGAUCUCUGUGCCUGCUACUUAUAAUCUCUUAACAUCUGUCUCAGUUAAUAAAUCUGACUUGGUUGAA